AUGGUGUACGAGUCGUGGUUGGUGGAGAGGGCGAAGGAGGAGCUGGAGAUGCUGGAAUCGCAGCAUCCCACCCGCUUCCACCAUCUCAAGCUCGAUCUCAAAUCGUUCAUCUCCCAACCCAACUCCGGCGCUCAACUCUUCCCCCGUGCUGUCGACGAUGACGCCUUCGGUCCUCCUCUGGCUUCUGCUGCUGUUCCCACACAAACGUCAUCUACUCGAAAGAGGAAGACUGAGACCGAGCGGCGGAGCCUGCAACAGAAGAACAAGGCACAGAAGUCGUCAUCAGCAUCAAGACAAACCGGUGGUCGUGAUGGGAGCCGGAAGAAGAGCGACAGCAGCGUGGAGGCAGCCAUAAGGCGUGCUCAAGCUUGCCUCAGGAGGAUUCAACAGGUUAAGCAAAGCUUGCUUUUUGCUAGCAAAGGCCAGUAA